UUCACCACCACUGCCUCCUCGUCGCCAUCGCCAUCGCCGUCGCCAACAGAUCGAUCGACCCACUUGCCGCUCUGCCUCUGCACCCUCGCCUUUCCUCUCCUCGCCUUCGCUCGCUCCACGCCAAAACAUGUUAUUCUUCAGCUUCUUCAAAACGCUGGUGAAUCACGAAAUCACCGUGGAAUUGAAAAACGACAUUUCGAUCCGAGGCACGUUGAAGAGUGUGGAUCAGUAUUUGAAUAUUAAAUUGGAUGACAUCUCGGUCGUGGAGGAGUUGAAGUAUCCGCAUUUGAGCUCGGUCAAGAAUGUCUUCAUUCGAGGCAGUGUGGUGCGAUAUGUGCAUCUGCCUGCUGCGGCGGUAGAUACGCCUUUGUUAGAGGAUGCGACGAGGAGAGAAGCUUCACAGACUGCUGCAAAGGCCAAGGCAGGCUGAGCGAGGCAAUUCCCGACGAUUCGAGGAUACAACCAUUCAUCGAAGAACCUCUUGAGGAGAUUAAGAGAAAGAGAGAAAUCAAGAGAGAGAGAGAGACUGAAAGUGCUACUGCUACUGCUGCUGGGACCUUAGAUGUCCACAAGACAGCGGCAGUGUUGUGACCCGACUUGAGGUCAAAGAAGAAUCCUGCCUUUGAGACAGCCAAGGCAAGGCAAAAAGGCGAGACAUGAUGGCUACGCAGACGCGCACAGUGUGGCUCCUCACGUGCGAGACCCGACGGGGUUGUGAUGUGCCACGACGAGGUGGUCUCAUAGCAUGUUUUUACGAACAGUUCUGGUUUCCUUUUCCAUGCUGUUCGUUUGUUCUCACCAUUCUUGGAUAUUCAUUUGUG